GUCUUAGAUGUUUUACCCUGGUUCAAAGUUUCCCCUGCUGCUGCUGCAGCGCAAAACACACGUCUGUCUGCCUACAGCACGUGACAUGUGUUUACAUCCUCUCAGCUGUGUUCCUUCGGAGUGAAGAACCUGCUGGUAGGCUAGUCACCACUUCACAAACUACAGCUCGUUAAACUAACUGACCUUGUUUUUUUUCCCCUUUGAAGUGCAUCCACCCCUGGGACUGAGUUGAUUCAUUUGACUCGGCGCUAGUUAGCCUGUCUUCAUAUGACGAUGGUGUGAAGUGGCCCCAAGGGAAGAAGAAGAACACAAUCCCUCAGGUGUCCUCUUCAUCUUUCCAUGCCACAUUAAGACAACAACCCAGCGCUCCACUUGUGGAAAGAAGAGUUUUGCACCCGCUUUUUGUUCUAGUGUUUCUUUCUUCGCCAUGGGGGGUGCGGUGAGUGCCGGGGAGGACAACGAUGAUCUGAUUGACAACCUGAAGGAGGCACAGUACAUCCGUUCGGGCUACGUGGAGCAGGCCUUCAGGGCCAUCGACCGCGGGGACUACUACCUGGUUGGCUACAGGGACAAUGCCUACAAGGACCUGGCUUGGAAGCAUGGCAACAUUCACCUGUCUGCCCCCUGUAUCUACUCUGAGGUGAUGGAGGCGCUGAAGCUGCAGCAGGGACUGUCCUUCCUCAACCUGGGCAGUGGGACUGGGUACCUCAGCACCAUGGUGGGACUCAUCAUAGGUCCAUUUGGAGUGAACCAUGGAGUUGAGCUCCACAGGGAUGUGGUGGAUUACGCCAAGGAGAAAGUGGAUAACUUCAUCAAGAAUAAUGACAGCUUUGAUAAGUUUGAGUUCUGUGAACCCAUCUUCAUAGUGGGCAACUGUCUGGAGAUCUCGUCAGACAGUCGCCAAUACGACCGUAUCUACUGUGGUGCGGGGGUGCAGAAGGAUCAUGAAAAUUACAUGAAGAUCCUGCUCAAAGUGGGGGGUAUUCUAGUGAUGCCUAUAGAAGAUCAGCUGACCCAGAUCACCAGGACUGGUCAGUGUUCCUGGGAGAGUAAGAAUAUCCUGGCUGUGUCGUUCGCUCCUCUGGUCCAGCAGAACAGAGCUGAGGGAAGCAAGCCUGAUGCAGUAGAACUGCCCCCGGUGACGGUCAGGAGUCUUCAGGACCUGUCUCGCAUCUACAUCCGCCGCACCCUCCGAGAUCUGACCAAUGAGGAGAGCCCUGACAAAGGCCUGGUGCAGAGGGCGCCCCAGAAACGCAAGCGCAGGCGUUGCCGGCGGCGACGUAUUAACACUUACGUCUUUGUGGGCAACCAGCUGAUCCCCCAAGCCGUGGAGAGCGAGGAGGACGAUCGGAUCGAGGAGGAGCAGCACAAGGAGGUGCAGGAGAAGGAGGAGGAGAGAGACAUUGGCAGCAUUGAGAUACUGAAGGCAGUAAAUGUACUGCGAGAUAAAAUCAUGAUUUUACCUCUGCCUGAAUCGCUGAAGGCCUAUCUGUUACACCACCGAGACAAAUGACUGAUGGCUCAACCUGCUGGCAUCCAUUCUAAUGGAUGCAUUGCCUGCUGAGAUGCUUUUCCUCACUUUCCUGUCUUUUUUUCAGUGCAGAAUGAUGUAGCAUUAUUUUUAAUUUCUCUUAAAGGUGAACCUGGAAUGGAGACCGAGAGACUUCCUGCUUGUCUUGGAUACUAUGAUCUGUUUUUUUAUGUUGUCUAUUUUUUGGAUUUGUAUAUCAAAGCUUUAUUUAAAAGCCUACUGAAUGUUUUUCAAAGAUUAUAUUUUGAGGAUGUAGAUUUUAUCACAUGUUAACAUUCCAGCAAAUUGUCACUAAAUGAAAUUGUAUAAAAUAAAAAAUGCUAACUAUAUUUGUUAAGAAUAUGAUCAUGAAAAGAUCCAUAAUUUUACUGCAACUUUUUCUAGAAGCUUUAAAGAACUUAUUACAGAAUAAAGAUGUACAAUUGCUGAAUGGAAGAACCAGAGACAAAUGCAUGUACACCUCAUAUUAUUUGAAUCAAAGACUAUUAUGGAAGAUUUUAUGAAACCUUUUUCUCAUGAAUUUUUGAAGGGGCAAUUCUUUCAUUGUUCUUUCCUCACACUGUUAUGUUUGAGUAGAGUGAUUUUUAUUUUAUUUUAUGCUGCGUGACGAUGAGAGAUCAGUGGGACUCGGACUAGAUUGCUUUGUGAUUUCACCUAGAGGGCAUUCGUAAAUCUAUCGGUGUUACUUUUAGAAUGGUUAUAUCCUCAUAUUUUAUCUCACUUUGCUCUUAAGUAACAUCCAUUAGGCUUUUAUAUGACUAGGCAUUUUCAUUUGGUGAUACAUUUUUAUGGCCUUGAGUGAUUUGUCCGGCAGACUUCUUUCCCCAUAUUUUUUGCUGACUUGCAGAAGGGUUUAUAAUCGUCAUGCCAGCGGUUAGGCUACUGGGGAAUCUAAUUAAUGAACAUUUCUCUAAUGGCGAAUGAAAAUGGCCUUCUCAUAAAUGUCUUGAUCCGAGCAUCUAUUUUUCCCCCCGGCACAGCAUCUCUCGUUCUUUAUCAUGACCUUUAGCACUUACAGUACUUCAGAACAAACAAGAACCCGCUUUGAACUCACAGGGGUAUAUGAGUCAUAUAAUAAUAUUGUGCAGUGAUAAGUGGUAUGGAUUCUCUUAAAGGUCAUGUUUGUCAUCUUUGGCCCACAAGACAUCCACUCAUGAUCAUUUGGAGGUGAUGUCCAAUGUGAUCAAAGAUGUACUAUUACUUUCUAUAUUAAAAGAGGUGGUGUGUUUUUAAACCACAAAGAAUGACCCGAGGCGGGUCAUGGCACAAAAACUCACAAUACGUUGUAUUGUACUGUAUUUUCUAUUUGCAGCAGUGCAAAAUCACAACGAUGGGAGAUUUUUGUCAUCCUUUCUCUGUACUGUUGGUGUAUUCAACAUAGCAAGCACCUUUAUUCUGUUGUCCUAAAUCAUGAAAAGAGAGUUGUCAUCCUUGGGUUGAUGUAUGUGUUUUUACUGUGGACUGGAGCCAAUGACGAGACACAUGGUAUUUGAGUCCGGUAGCUGUAGGUGUAUCAAUUAUCAUUUUAUGGUGACACUCCCAGUUUAAGAGACGGCUUUUAAAAUGCCAAAACACCCCAUCACAUCCGCUCCUUCUCAAGUGAUUCUUGUUUUAUGGGAAAGUAAAAGGGGACAUUCUGACCACAGUGGCGUGCGUCUAAGAAUGAUGGGGUGCUUCUACAGUACAUUCCAAAAAUGCUUGAGAAAGAAUAGCAUGCUCAAUCCCCAUUGGUAGACGUCACGUUUGUAUUCCUAUUUGACAGCUGUGUCACAUUACUUGGAAAUUCCUGAUUGAUCUGGCUUUGAAAGCAUUUUUUAUAUUUCAAUAGCUGAAAUGAUAGUUGUUGAUUUAUUAUUGAGGUGAAAUGCUGUAUGAACGUGACAACAGUACAGUAGCUGGUUGUGAGACGUUGGGUUAUAAAAUCAUUUGGAUUAGGUUUGCUUUGUUUGUUGUUGUAGCGUCGCCUUGCUGUCUGUCAAGGCACUGCGGGGUCUUCUUGUAUGUAGAUCCAAACUCCACUUGUGUUAGUUCUAUGGCUAAACAGGCAUGUGCGCAAAGCUUUCCAUCUUGUUCUGGUGUAGUGUAUACUAUUUGGGUUUAACAUGGGGUUGGUUGAUUUCUAUAUAUUGGUUAUUGUAUUUUGUGAAGAUCCUGUAGACCUUUUUCCAUCAUGACCUGAGCAGUGUUCGUAUUGCCAGGAAAACGUUUGAAUUGUAAGCAAUAAUACAUAAAUGACUUUUACUACAAAAAAAGAAGCAGCAGAACCGUAUGGCUCUGAUUGGCAAAAACAACACUUUUUAUAGUCAUCAUUUUGAAAAAUCUAAUCUCUGAAAAAUGCAGAAAUGCUAAAUUAUGUACACAUGAAACUGUUGAAAUCAUUGUUUACAAUUGGUAAAACGGAAAAGUUAUGGUGGACAUAGUUCAGGAGUCAUAUUACCCCCAUGUACCAGAGGUGAUGCGUUAUCAUAUGUACAGUAAUACUUGAUAGGAUUGUUUGGUUCCCCAAAUGGUCCCCACAGUAAAGACCCAAUUCCAAGCCUAUGUUUUGGUCUUGCCCUCAAUUCAUUUGUAGUGAGGCAGAACUAUUGUUCUGUUUUUUUUCUUCUCCUUAUCAGGCUCUUGUUGAUAUCUCAAAGUGUGAUUGAUGGCAGUUCAUUGUUGAAAUGGUGUCAGUUGUUCCCUCUGUACAUGUUUCGGCAUACACAAAAUAAAGGUCACAGACUUCA